UGAUUUGCUUUCAAUUGAUUUUUUAAAAUAAUAUUAUCAUUAAUUGUCAUCAAAUUGUAUGGCAUCAAACGAGACAAUGAGUUUGCCAUCGAUGACAAAGAAAAUGUAUUUAAGAAGUGAUUCAUCGAUAAGACAAUCGUUUGAUCGAUUCGGCGAUGAUUUGACUGAACUAUUGUUGUCUUAUCUGUCAUUUGAUGAGAAGAUAAGACAUGAAUGUGUGUCCAAACAAUGGCAACGAUUGGUAUUUCAAAGCCAUAACUAUAUCGAAGACAACGAGAUAUAUGUUAAGAAUUACGAGAAGAUAAUGAAGAAGUUACUGAACAGUCCAUUCAGUGCCACAAUUAAUACAUCCAAUAAAGCAGUAAAUCUGUGGUUAAAAUACUCUUUCGAUAAAUCAAAUAUCGAUUUAAUGAUAGACUACGAGAGUGAAGAUGAAACUGUUAUACAAUAGUUUGAAAAAUAUGGCAAACAAUUAAAGAAGAUUAACAUCACAAGAGUUGACCAAUUUGUUGGCAAUCAGCUGAAGAUAUGUCACAAUUUAUCACAGAUUAAGAUCAAUAGUAUAACUCAUUUACCGGAUGCCAACAUUGUAUCGCUUAUCUUUAAUAUCAACGCUAAUAAUAGUAAUAAUGAAGUAUUGUUUCCAAAACUACGAAAAGUAAGGCUUACUCUUCCCUGGUUUCACGUAAAAGAUUUUGAAAAGUUUGCCGAAACUUAUG